AUGCCAAAGGCAGCUUCUACCAUCGCGGCGCCAUGCGCCUCUUCCUCGUACUCCACAGCUACUGGCCCCUCGACCUCCUCUCUCCGUCUCUCCUCCAGCAACACUUCUCUUCACUUCCCUCUGCAUCGGCUCACCCCAGCCUUCUCUCUCCCUCUGCGUCCGCAUUCCACACGCGCCUUCUCCUCCUCCGCAAGCAGGUCACACGGCGGAAUCCACCGGCCCAAGGCAGGGGAAGGGAUCAAGGUUACUUUUCGGGACUCAAAGGGUCAGGAUAUCAAGACGGUCGAGGCGAAUGAGGGAGAUGAUUUGUUGAGCGUGGCGCAUGAAUAUGAUAUUGAUUUGGAGGGUGCGUGCGAAGGCUCCAUCGCCUGCUCGACAUGUCAUGUCAUUCUCGAGCCAGACGUAUACGACCAGCUGGAAGAACCUGGCGACGAUGAGAAUGACAUGCUCGAUCUGGCUUUUGGCCUGACAGACACAUCACGGCUGGGAUGUCAGGUGAAGCUAACGAAAGCAACCGAUGGCAUGGUGGCACAGUUGCCGAGUGCGACCAGAAAUAUGCGCGUCGAUGGCGCAAAAGCGGGGCAUCAUUAAUCGGGGUGUGUGUGGGAAAAACGGCGUCAAUCUCCGACGUGCGAGCUGGACUUCAAAAGGCAUUGCGUUGAUAGUCUGUGCCCAGCACCCCAAUCGCGACGGGCAAAAUAGAAACGAUGGCGGCCCAUUUCAGGGUUGAAGGGGGCGGCAGCUGCAGCUGCAGUCAGCGUAGGACCGACGCAAUGUAAUCGUGAAACAUUCUUGCAGCU